CUUCCCACGUGUCAUUGAGAGGACACAAAACCUUAAAAAUACACAAAGAGACCCUUAGACUUUAAAUAUAGGAGCUAAUUAAACCUGUAUCAGUAUUAUAUACUUAGUCCAUUAUAUCUGUAGUGAUAGAGAGAGAUAGAAGAAGAAGAGAAGAAUAAUGAAGGUUCUAGCGUUUCUUUGCGCAGUGUUACUUGGUGCAGUGGUAAGAGCUGACGAGGACUCACUUGUCCUGGUCCUCACCAAAGAUACUUUUCAUGAAGCAAUUUCCUCUAACGAGAACAUCCUAGUUGAAUUCUAUGCUCCAUGGUGUGGACACUGCAAAGCGUUGGAGCCAGAAUACAACAAGGCAGCUAAGAUGAUUGAGGAAGGAGGCAUGGACUUCACUCUAGCUAAAGUUGACGCAACAGUUGAGAAGGAACUCGCCGAAGAAUAUAAAGUACAAGGAUACCCAACAAUCAAGUUCUUCAAGAACGGAGUACCAAGAGAAUAUAGUGGUGGGCGUAAAGCCAAUGACAUUAUCGCCUGGUUGGAGAAGAGCACUGGUCCAGUUGUUACUGAACUGGCAACAGCUGCCGAAAUUAAAGCCUUCAAUGAUAAAGCUGACGUCUCAAUCGUUGGAUACUUCCCUAGCAACGAGACUGACGAGGCCAAGGCUUACAUUUCAGCUGCUGACUCCGGUAUAGAGGGACUCAACUUUGCUCUCUGCAUCAACCCCGAGACAACAAAAGAAAUGGAAGCAGAAGUGAACACUGUUGUCCUUUACAAGAAAUUUGAUGAUGGCAAGUCAGUAUUCCCAGCUGCUGACAGUAACUGGACUACUGAGAGUAUCGUAAGAUUUAUUAGCGACGAGAGACUACCAUACGUCACUCUCUUCUCUGAUGAAACUGCCCCAAUUAUUUUUGGCGGUAGCAUUAAGAAUCACCUCCUGUCAUUCUUUGCUAGCGACGACGAGAAAUACGAGACCUAUAUGGAGAACCUGAAAGUAAUUGGAAAGGAAUUCCGUGGAAAAGUUAUAGUAGUACAUAUUGAUUCUAAGAAGGAGGAGUCUGAGAGAAUUAUGGAAUUCUUUGGAAUCACUAAAGAUGAUCUUCCAGCUAUUCGUAUUAUCCACUUAAGCGAAGACAUGAAGAAGUAUCGUCCUGAUUUCCAAGAGAUCGAGACUGAGAAGUUGAGGGGAUUCGUUCAAGGGUUUCUUGAUGGAACAAUAACUCCUCAUUUGAAUACUGAAGAGGUACCGGAAGAUUGGGACGCAAAACCAGUAAAAGUCCUCGUUGGAAAGAACUUUAAGGAAGUUGCUUUGGACGAGACUAAACACGCCUUUGUAGAAUUCUAUGCCCCAUGGUGUGGUCACUGCAAGCAGUUGGCUCCAAUUUGGGACAAACUUGGUGAACACUACAAGGACAAUGAUCAGAUUGUCAUAGCUAAAAUGGACUCCACCAAGAACGAAGUUGAUGGAAUUCAGAUCACCGGUUUCCCAACAAUUAAAUUCUUCCCUAAAGGCUCAAAAGAAGGACAUGACUACGUUGGUGGAAGGACUCAAGAAGAUCUAAUUCAAUACGUUGAGGACAGGCUGGCCGGCAAACCGCUAGAGAAAGGAGAGGAGGUGGAUGAGGGCAUGGACACGAUGGAAGAUGACAUGAAUGAUGAUCCUGCCAUGCCAGAGGAGGAGGAGGAAGAUGGAGCCACAAGAGAUGAACUUUAGAUUCAAUCAAUAUCUUGUCUCCUUCUCUCAUUAGGAUAUUAAUAUUAUUAAUUAUUAUUAUUAUUAUACGUCUUCUGUUCAAUAUUAUUAUUAUUUUUUGUUCAGAAACUAUUCAGUCAUUCCUUCUCUCUGCUCUGUUACUUACGUCAUUUUCAUAAUUAUUAAUUAUAAUAAUUAAAUUUGUCAGCUAAUAGUUUUUGUAUCUCUCUCUUCCCUUUUAUUAACAAAAUCAAUUAAUUAAUAAUAAUAAUACUGGUGUCUUUAUGAUUAUGUACUACAA